AUGUGUGAUGCAGUUGAAAAUGGAUUAUCUGAAAGCUUCAACAAUGUCAUUAGAGAUGCAAGGAAAAAACCAAUAAUCACAAUGUUAGAAGAAAUUAGGUUGUAUGUUAUGGAGAAGCAAUUCAAUCUCACCAUCAAAGGUUGUUCAUGGCCUGAUUAUAAACCAUUCCCAGCCUUUACAAUCCUAUUGAAUCAGUUGAAAAAAGUUCAAAGGUAUUGGCAGGUUUUACCUAUUGGUUUAAACCAGUUUGAAACAAGGAAUUUGGAAGAGUCUUACAUUGUGGAUGUAGAUAGGAAAACUUGUUCAUGUAGAGUGUGGCAACUAAAUGGGUAUGGAUGUGUGCAUUCAGUUGCAACAAUCUCAUACCUUAACAGUGAUGUUGGUAAUUAUGUGGAUCCAAUGUACUAUGGAGCAAUUUAUAAGAACACCUACAAGUAUCCUAUGCGUGGGAUGAAUGGUAGCAACAUGUGGCCACCUACUGAAUUCAUUCCACCUUUGCCACCAUUGAAAAGAAAAAUGCCAGGUAGACCUAAAGUCAAUAGAAGAAAGGAUUCAAGUGAAAGGGGUGCUAGACAUACUGUGUCAAAGGUUAGGAAAAAGAUUAUGUGUAGUGUAUGCAAACAAGCAGGACAUAACAAGGUUACAUGUUCUAAAUAUGAAAAGCCACCAAAACUAAAUGUAAGGAAAAGGAAGAGAUCAAAUGUUAUUGAUGGGGAGGGAAGCAAUGCUAAGAAGGCAAAAGGUAUAACAGAUGAGGAAGGAGGGAGGGGUAAUAAGGGCAUUAAUGGGAAAGUUGGGGAAGGAAGCAGUGGUAAGAAGGAAAUGAUGUUAUAG